UUAGAGUGGACGGUAGGCCUGACCGUAGAAAUAAAGUUGCGUUUUCAAAUUUCUUUAGUGAAGUGUGGACGCUACCUUUGCUGUGGUAUCAUCAGGGCGCUUAUAUGUACUUUUGCCGCCCUGGUAUCACUGUUUACGCGCGCGUAACGUUAGAGUUUGUAUGGAGAUAAGGAGAUGAAAUUGAAACUGAUCAACGUGUGGGUAAUUCAUCGAAUAGGCUGACACUCUUGAACAUUCAGUGCCGUUAUUCCUUCUCAUCCUGAGGUGUUAGAACGAGAUUUGAGCGAAUUUUGGUUAUUUACCAUACGGUGUUAUAAUAAGAACUACAAGGUACGAGACUUUGGCGAGUUUUUAAAAAAGCGGUCUAACCUAAUGAGUGAACCGCAACUUUUUUCAAAACUACCUGUCGAAUUCGAAGUCUUUUUGUAAAAAAAACAACUUCAAAAAAUAUAUAUUUUUAUACUAAAUAGGAGAAAUCUUAAAAGGGACCCUGGGAAUAGUCGAGAAACGGAGAAAGUUUUUAUCACCCUUCAAUGAAAAUAAAGUCAAAUUUUAACAACGUUCUUGAAAUAUCAAAAACACAAAAAAACAAAAGAAAUAAUGGCAGCGCGAAGAGAUUUUAGACAUUUUAAACGUUUGACGUCAAGCGCGCGCGGCCUUAACGGUGCGUCGCGUAGAAACCACGCGAGUUUUAAAAUCACCUUACGUAAACAAUAGGAACAAUGACGAAUUCAGUUUCUGCGUUUCAAAUCAGAAGACAAUGAAACGACAUUUGGAGAACCUUUUUAAUAGGCUUAUGUAGAGCACGUAAGAAGUUAUGCUUCACUAGCGAAGAAAGACGCUGAUUUGACAUGGAGCAACCGAAAAGCAUCGAAGCGCAGCGCGGAAGGCAGCGAGGCAAAAGUUUUGAUGUCGCAUUUAUUUUUAAUCGGUGUUCAAGUACUGAGAUGCAAAGUAGAGCAAGUCCCCGUGAAUCCAACAAUGAUCUUGGAGAAAUUAGAAACAGACUUCGGCACAAGUCCUGGGUGAUUGGUGGGACUAGAAGGAGCUCUUUGCAAACCGAGAAAAAGAGAUCUGUCUCGUCCAAGCUGUCGUUUGAUGACCGCAGGUCUUCACACCCUACCAGGUAUAACGGGCAUCAGUUUGAAAGACACAAAACAGGGCGAUUUGUCGAUUACAUGAAGAUGAAUGUACCUAAAAAGUGGUUGAGAGAAUACGAGAAAAAGCAGGCAGACCUUCGGAGGAAAAGCAAAGAGAAGCUGCAGCCUCUGGAUCGAUUCAGGCGUGUUGUAAGGCUGAUCUUAACGUGUAACACGGCGUUUCGGAGCAUCGUGCAUUACGCAAUGGAGAAAGGUCAAUACGAGCAAGUCACUUCUGAUGCUACACUCAGCUUAAAAAGUGCUGCCGCCAAGGGUGCUAUGGAGAAUUUAAUGUUUGAUCCAGAACAUUACAAAUGCCACCAUGAGGUAAAUUAUAAUGUACUUAGUGUCAGUUCCCUGUUCGGAGGUAGUAAUUCUAAUUUCCAUUUUUAUGUAAGCAGUUUCAAUCGUACUUUAUUGUAAUAAUUGUGUUUUUGCGGGUUAAUAGAUCCUUUGCAUAAAUGGCGCCUGAAUUUGAAUGGCAAUAGUUUAUACAUCCUUAGUCUCGUACUCAUGUUUCAAGACAAAGGAUUUUCUUUACAUG